CCAAGACUUGUCAGCGCGUGUAAAAUCGCAAUGCAGACAUGGCGGCGCUCAUUUUCUACGUACGGAUGGCGACUUAGCCAAUCCAGCUUUUUGAGUAAUCGGACCAGACUACGAUGUGCAGACCUCCUCGCCUCGUCGGAGAAAAAGGACGCCCCGAGCUUCGAGGACCAAGAAGUGAAUGUGAGCGGAUUGAUUCGGUCUGUGAGGAAACAAAAGCGAUUCGCAUUCGCCGAGAUAUCAGACGGAUCAACCGUGCAAUCAUUACAGGCUAUCCUAACACCAGACCAAGCAGCAAAUUUAUCAACGGGAGCAGCGAUUGAUGUAUCCGGGGUUUGGAAAGCUUGCCCACCUGGAAAAGAGCAGACGCACGAAUUGCAGGUCACAAAGGUGCGCGUAGUGGGAGAAGCUGAUCCGGAGACAUAUCCUAUCCAGAAGAAAUACCAUUCUCCAGACUUCCUUAGGCACAUACCUCACCUCCGGCUACGGACGCCUUUCAACUCACUCCUAGCGCGAUUUCGUUCGGAAUGUAUCUAUCAACUAGGGCACGUCUUUCGCUCACAUCCACAUGGCCAUUUUGUGCAGGUUCACCCGCCAUUAAUAACUUCAUCUGAUUGCGAAGGAGCUGGCGAGACAUUUUCAGUAACUCCACAAUCUACAUUUUCUACAGAAACAUCGAAGGCAGAGACAAUCCAUUUUUUCCGCAGCCCUAAAUACCUGACCGUGUCUUCGCAACUUCAUUUAGAGGCUUACGCAGCCGAAUUGGGCAAUGUUUGGGCCCUUUCACCGACAUUCCGGGCUGAGAAGAGCGACACUCCACGCCAUCUCAGCGAGUUUUAUAUGCUAGAAGCGGAGGUCAAUUUCGCAAGCGAUUUGCAUACACUCACUAAUCUGGUCGAGUACCUGAUCCGUGAUCUAACGCGCAGAGUCUCCGAUACACCUGCUGGGCGAGAAAUCCUCUUUGCAAAGAGAACCGGUGAGUCCGGCUACGAAUCCGACAGCUCCAAUGAGAAUCUGCGCAAGCGAUGGGACAUUUUGCUUUCUGAUUCUCCCUGGCCUCGGGUCACGUAUACGCGGGUUAUGGAGAUGCUUGAAGACGCCGUUGCAAACCACGGUGCUUCGUUUACUUUCCAACCUUCGUGGGCCGACGGUCUUCAGCUUGAGCAUGAGAAAUACAUCGUUGAUCAUCUUUUCAACGGCAUGCCUGUUUUCGUAACGGACUACCCAAAGAAGGUGAAGCCAUUUUAUAUGGCGCCUUCUGCGGGCAGCUCUGCAGCUGAUCGGGCAACAGUAGCUUGUUUCGAUCUUCUUUUGCCUGAGAUUAGCGAAAUCGUGGGCGGCUCUCUUCGCGAGCACAGACUGCCAGAGUUAAUCCAGAAUAUGCGUGAACACAAUCUUGUCAAGAAAGGUUCUGGCGAAGCAAGUCCCGGUGACGCCGCCUACCCAUCUCUCCUACCGGAUGAGGACCUGGGCCAUCUCCAGUGGUAUGCUGAUCUUCGUCGCUGGGGAAGCGCACCACAUGGAGGGUUUGGGCUGGGGUUUGACAGGCUCAUUGGUUAUCUUGCCGGGGUCAGCAGCAUCCGGGACGUUGUGCCGUUUCCCAGAUAUUUUGGCAGAGCUGAUUGCUAAAUAACCCUGUAUGUAGAACAAAUUCACUCUACUAUAUGUACCAUAGUUCCAUAUCUAGUUUACAUAUAUCUACACUAGUUGACUAGCUGAUGGAUUCAUCUCUUUAAUUUC